GGAAUAAAAAAAUUGGUAAUAAAUACUAAUGAAUGCUCCUAAUGAUUUAGAAAUUAGAAUAAAUAAUUGAUAAUGAAAGCUAUAAAGCAAAGAUCGGUUUGCUGAUAUUGAGAAUUUCCUCUCCAGUCUCCACCGUCAUCCCUGCGCUUCCUCCGUACUCCCUUGUCUUUUCUUCUGUAUUCCGGCGGAGUCUUUUUCCAUUUUCCAAGAAAUUCCAAAACGAGCCCUGAGAUUUUCCUCUCAAACUCUGCUUCUUGACCUUUUUCAACCAUCAAUGUCAGCUUCGUUGUGACAAAAUUGCUGAGCUUGUUCGUAUUCUUUUGCUUGUUUACUAUAUGCUUCAUCGCUAUUUUCGAAAAUGAAAGCUCCUCCAAACAGUUAUCAACCAAAUUCAGGAGAAGGCGCAAGAAAAGUAAUGAAUUCGGAGUUAUGGCACGCUUGUGCUGGGCCUUUAGUCUCAUUGCCACCUGUCGGAAGUCUAGUGGUAUACUUCCCACAAGGUCACAGCGAACAAGUUGCAGCAUCGAUGCAGAAAGAUACAGAAAACAUACCAAACUAUCCAAAUCUUCCUUCUAAGCUCAUCUGCAUGCUUCAUAAUGUCACAUUACAUGCUGAUGCAGAAACCGAUGAAGUAUACGCGCAGAUGACACUUCAACCUGUGAAUAAAUAUGAUCAGGAAGCUUUACUUAUUUCUGAUAUGGGUCUGAAGCAAAACAAACAGCCUACCGAGUUCUUCUGCAAAACUCUUACACCUAGCGACACAAGCACCCAUGGUGGAUUCUCUGUACCUCGUAGAUCUGCUGAAAAGAUUUUCCCACCUUUGGAUUUCUCAAUGCAACCUCCAGCUCAGGAGUUGGUAGCUAGAGAUCUACAUGAUCAAUCUUGGACAUUCAGACAUAUUUAUCGAGGUCAACCAAAGAGGCAUCUACUAACAACAGGGUGGAGCACAUUUGUAAGCUCUAAAAGACUCGUAGCUGGUGAUGCUGUUCUCUUCAUAAGAGAUGAGAAAUCACAGCUUCUGUUAGGAAUAAGACGCUCUAACAGACAACAACCUGCUUUAUCCUCAUCAGUUAUAUCAAGUGACAGUAUGCACAUUGGAAUCCUUGCUGCUGCUGCUCAUGCUGCUGCUAAUAACAGCCCUUUCACUAUCUACUACAAUCCUAGGGCAAGUCCUGCUGAAUUUGUGAUUCCAUUAGCAAAGUACAACAAAGCAAUGUACACUCAAGUUUCAUUGGGAAUGAGAUUCAGAAUGAUGUUUGAAACUGAAGAGUCUGGAGUUAGAAGAUACAUGGGAACAAUAACUGGUGUUAGUGAUAUGGAUUCUGUUAGGUGGAAGACUUCACAAUGGCGUAGUCUUCAGGUGGGAUGGGAUGAGUCAGCAGCUGGUGAGCGUCCAAGUAGGGUUUCAGUAUGGGAGAUUGAGCCUGUUGUGACACCCUUUUACAUGUGUCCACCUCCAUUUUUCAGACACAAGUUUUCUCAACAACAAGAUGGUGAUAUGGAGUUAGAGAAUGGUUAUAAAAGAGGGAUGCCAAUGCCAUGGAUUGAAGAUGUUGGUAUGAAUAUGAAGGAUGCCUCAUGCUCAAUCUUUCCAGGUUUGAGUUUAGUUCAGUGGAUGAACAUGCAGCAGAAUCAUCGAUUCCCUUCUAAUGUUUCUCAAAGCUUUGAAGAUAAUUCCAAGUUAUUAAGCUUUCAAUCCCCUAAAACAAAUCAACAAUUAUCAUCCACAUGGCCUCAACAACAUCAACAACAACAACAGAAUUCUAUAUACAAUCACUUACAACAGCAACAAAUUACAGGAAACACACAACCACAUCAACCCAAUAAAACUUCAUUUCAACCUUUAUCAUCCAUGUCACAUGAGUCUCAGUUUCAACAUCAAAUACUGCAACAACAACAACUUAAUAGUAACUCAUACAAAUCACCGAUUCCAAUAAGGGUAAAUCCCGGAAUCACUGAUUCCAAUCCUCCCUCGUGUUCCACAUCACCUUCAACAAAUACCUGCCAAGUAACUCCAUCAAACUAUCAGAUCAAGAACAUUCAUGAUCUUCAAACUCAAAGUAAAUCCGAUGCAAGAAUCAAACAUGAAUUACCACAACCUAAAUACAAAUCAAUUGCUACUGAAACACAAGAAGCUACAACAUCUAUAACAUCAUACUGUUUGGAUGCUGGUGAUCUUCCUCAAAACUUCUCAAUCCCAAACUUGUGUCUUGAAGGUGAUGUUGUUCAUUCACAGGAUAGAAGUGAAAGUGAUCUUUCUUUUGGGGCUAAUAUCGAUAUCUUGCCACCUGAUGCUUUGUUAUCAAGAGGUUUUGAUCAUUCUCAAAACUUGAUGAUAAGUCCAGAGUCAUUUGGGAUGCCUGAUAUAUCCUUCAAACAAGAUUGUUCAAAUGACAUUAAGGAUUCCGGUGUUUUAGGGAAUGGGGUGUGGGGUAAUAAUCAGAGUCAACAACGCAUGAGAACAUACACAAAGGUACAAAAACGAGGGUCUGUAGGAAGAACAAUCGAUGUGACACGUUACAAGGGGUAUGAAGAGCUGAGACAUGAUCUUGCUUGUAUGUUUGGGAUACAAGGUCAACUAGAAAAUUCUCAAAGGGUUGACUGGAAGCUUGUUUAUGUCGAUCAUGAGAAUGACAUAUUGCUUGUUGGCGAUGACCCAUGGGAGGAAUUUGUGAGCUGUGUGCAAAGCAUAAAGAUACUAUCGUAUUCUGAAGUACAGCAGAUGAGUUUAGAUGGCGAUUUGGGAAAUUUACGGAUGCCCAAUCAAGCUUCCAGUGGGACCGAUAGUGGGAAUCCAUGGAGAGGACAAUUUGACGACAAUUCUGCUGGAUCUUUUAACAGGCAACAGGAAAAGGGGAAAUGGAAGGAGGUGGGGUGGAUUGGGGUGUGGUGUUGUGAUAAGGGUUUUAUUCUGUUGUCGGAGAUGUCUUGGAGUGGCCGGAGAAAUCUUCGAGUCGCCGGAGUAUUGGAGUCGACGGUGAUGGCGGUGAUCGGUGUUGGUGGUGAUGGGGGAAGAGACGAGUUAUGA